AUGGCUUUUUCAUUUGGUUCGGGCCAGUCGCAAACUACUGGUGGAAAGGUGACGACGGGAGCAGAGCUUCAGGAAAUCGAGACACAGCAAAUCGGGUUUCUAUCCAUUGGGCACAAUGCAAAAGUUAAAUUGCUUCCUGCUCCCUGGCCAGAGGACUCGCUACCCCCGCCUACUUCUUCAUUAUUGAGUGUCACGUCGAUAAAAGGUCUGCUUGCAGCUGCAGGGCCGGAUGGAAUAGCGAUUGCACGCACAGAAUCAGUUCGAAAGGCGUAUGCAAGCGAACCUGUGGAUGGUAGUGAUGUCAGGGCCUUUCAACCGGAGCUACAGAUCCAACUUCCGAAGAGGGUCUCUCACCUCGCGUUCUCAGCGGAUGGUAGCGCCUUGGUGGUAGCAGUUGAGGGCGGCGAUGCAUUGGCCGUUUAUGAUGUCUCGGGACUACUACAGGGGAAGACACAGCCGACAGCUACACUCAACAUAAAUGGUGCAACACUGCGAGCUUUAGCCCCCAACCCGAAUCCAGACACAUCUGAAUUAUUUGCGGCAGUGACAAGCAACGGUGAGCUGUUGAUUGCCAAUUUGAAAACAAAUCAACUUGUUUCGGGCUCGACAGGACCUGUGUUGAAAUCCGGUGUCAGCUCUGUCUGCUGGAGUAAUAAAGGUACCCAGCUAGUAGCUGGUUUGGGAGAUGGGACUGCAUAUCAAGUGAAACCAGAUGGGGAGAAGCAGGCAGAUAUACCCAGAGCUCCAGAGAUUGGAGGUGAUCAUCAUGUGUCUACUAUCCUGUGGUUAGCAAACCACGUAUUUUUUAUCGUUUAUACCCCAACAAAUACCCCUGAUGGACCCCCACCAGCGUCUAAUUACUAUAUAGCUACGAGGAAACCUCCGGACCAGUAUGAGUUCAGAAAGUUGCCUGAAGUUAGCGCUCCGUUUGGUUUGGCAAGGCACCCUGCAUACCAGUUCACGGCCCGUAUGAGAGAUUUCGAACCACACCUAAAGGAAGCUUUAAUCAUUGCGUCUACCGCUUCAACUGAUGUUGGCUUGAUCACACAAUCUACUGCAGACGGCACACCCACAUUCGCAACCCUUACAAUGGCUGAUGAUUCCCGGAGAGCGGUGCUUCCUAUGACUGAGGAUAUGAAUGAUACAUCUCCCAUAGGAAUGUGCCUGGAUCUUUCGAGCGGAGAUAGUGUCAUUUCUCCCAUCCCUGGAGACGAGGAGAUUAAAGAAUCGUCAUCCCCGCUCCCAGCACUUUUAGUCCUCACGAACGAUGGAAUGCUCUCCUCAUGGUGGUUUGUACACACUGAGUCAAUAAAGCAGCAAAAACCAUACAGCGGCCUAGUCUCAGUUAACUCAAAAGGACAGCAAAGCCAGCCGCAGAUCACCCCUUCUCAGCCGGCGGCAGCGACGACUACCCCGGCUAAAUCUCCAUUUGGACAAGCCGGCUUUGGUCAGCCCUCGUUCGGUAAACCAGCCACACCGGGCUUCGGCAUGAGCUCAGCUUUAGGCAUGCAAAGCAAGCCUGCAUUCGGCUCGCCAUCUCCCCUUGGGGCAUUUUCUCAAACUCCAGGUGCUUCCGGUACCACCCCUGCAUUUGGUUCAACUACACCGCAAACAGGCGGGGGUAUGUCUUUCGGUAGCCCCAGCAAUCUUGGAAGUAAUAGCCCUGCUUUCGGACAAACAGGAGCAUUGGGAGCUGGAAGAUCACUGUUUGGACAGCCUUCUCUGGGAACUGGCGGGUCAACGCCUGGCUCUGGCUUUGCUAACGUUGGUGCUGGAGGAGGAUUCGGCUCCUUCGCAUCAUCUGGCAGCGGUUUUGUCAGUGCUGCCCAAACAGCUGCUCCUAGUGCAAGCCCGUUUGGAAAACAAACUUCAACAGAGGGCCCUUUUGGGAAACCCCCCUCCAAGGACAAUCCAUUUGGGCAGCCAGCAGCUACGGAGAGUCCUUUUGCGAAAACAUCUUCUAAUGACAACCCGUUUGCAAAGGCUGGUCAGCCAGUAUUUGGAGCGCCUAGUGCACCAUCUUCUGCGAUUUCGCCAUUUGGACAGCAAACCAAAAAUGAAAAGCCAUCCACCGGAUUUAGUCCUGGGACUGGUGGUUUCGCAGUAGGACCUACAGUGAAACCAGACACAUCAGCUGCGAUGGACGAGGACAAACCGGAGCCAUCUGGCGGGACUUUGUCUAUGGGCUCUGCUUUCGGUGAUAUGCUUAGUGGCAUGAAGUCCAAUAUUCCGAAAGUAGCUACUUCGAAGCCAGCCGAGCCUCCUAUUAGCUCGACGCCUACAGCUGCACCACCAACUUCUAUAUUCUCCUCCCAUAAACAAACCCCCUCUCUAGAUCAGAAGCCACCAUCGUUUUCAAAUAUUUUCAAUGCACCACCACAGCAGGUAAAGUCCCAGCCAACUACCAAAACAACAACUCCCACCGGCUCCUUCAGUAUGAUCCCCGUGGCGAAAAAGACCCCAUCCACCCCCCUGUCUACCCCUGGUGAAUCCUCUCACUCACCAGCAACUAUCAAAGCGGAGACACCGAAGGAGACACCCAGGGCGACCCCUCCAACCCCGUCAGCACAACCUGUUGAAGCACCCCUCCCACCGGAAUCUACAAGCAAGCUUAGCUAUGCUCCUGGUGAUACAUCCGCAUCUUCGUCUGGGGUUUCGCGUAUUUCAAUUGAAGACGCCCCCCUACCACCUGACUUUGUGAAAUCCAAAAAAGAAGAUGCCCCCAAAGAAGCUACAGAUGUGUCCCUUCCCGCAGAAUCUGAGGAAGGUGAUGCUGAUUUCGAAGAUAGCGGAGAGGAUGUUGGACAUGACCUUAGUCCAACGGAUGAGGCAGCAGAUGACCGUGUUCAAAGCUUAAAAACCUCCCCCGAGAGCUCAUUUGGCGGUGCCCCCGACAAAAGCCCUAUGAGUGACUUGUUCACUAAGGGUAGCACUUCGGGAUUGAAGACAGGAGGAGGGAAACCAUUGUUCGGAGAGAUAUCCAAACCCAUAUUCCCACCUCCUACACUGCCUGAGCCUCGACAUUGCCUAAGUCCACGAUCACCCAGUCCUGUUCGUAGCAGAUCCGGACAGAUGCUAGCCAGGGCAGACGGCUUCAGAUCAACCAGUGCACCUAGCGCUCCUGAUCGGGCAAUUACUCGACGAAAAGCUACACUGGAAGGGUCUAUGCUGGCGAGGCAAGUGUCACCAUCCAGAGACGUGGCUGAGGACCAGACUAAGGUUAAGCGUGAAGCCGAAAAGUUGGCUGCAGAAACGCAGCCACUCAGUGAAGAUGAUGAAGACGAGCAGCUUCGCGCUGAUCUAGCUCGACCUAUCUCUCCAUCACCUUCUCUAGAUCCUUUCUUACCUCAUCAGGGCUACACUGGUGAGAGCAUGAAGCCAGGAAUACCAGGCCAAAUAGAGCUGUUAUUCCGGGAUAUCAAUACGAUGAUAGAUACAUUAGGAAUCAACUCUCGGUCGUUGUCGUCAUUCCUGCUUUAUGAAGAGUCUGCGAAAGAAAACGAUUACACAAGAUGGCUCAGAACCCUACGGAGCGAUAAAUGCUCUGAUUUACUUAACGAAAGACAGCUGUUAUCAGAAAUGGACAAGCUGCGGGUUGGUGUCAAUGCACUUGACGAAGCACUUCAGAAAGGGAGGGUGGAAGGGGUACAGGAAAUGUUUGAUCAAUGCCAGCAACUGAUCAGUAAGGAUCUAGUAAUAUUACGUGGCCAGUUUGCAAAUCUUCAAAGGACCCUCGAUGCCCAUACCGACUCAAUUGCCAUUGCAUCUGCGCCACUAACUCCGGAGCAAGCUGCACUUCAACAGGACCUUCGGAAGGCGGCAACAGACACACGUUCCAAGGUAGCUGACUUGGAACGAGACAUCUCAAUAUUCCGAGCCAAGAUCGCGGAUGCGUCCAGAUUAGCUAGUGCAGAUGGAGACCGAAAAAUGGCGCGGCCGACCGUUGAAGCAGUGACAUCCACGAUCUCCACGAUGACAAAUAUGGCGGAACGAAAGAGUGGUGACGUCGAUGUGCUAGAAGCUCAACUUCGACGAAUGGGGAUUGAUGUAUCCAGUUCUCCAGCCCCUGGGAGAAGCAGGGAAGGCUCUCCUUUCCUUACACCCGCAAAGAGGACCUCUGCCGUUCGAUUUCCUAUCACUCCUGGUUCUCAGAGCUCGCAGGAUGGCUAUGGCCGCAGCGUGUAUCAGACCCCAGAAUCUGCUGCAGCGCAGCGCUUCCGCUCAAGCUUGUUGGGGCGUAGCAGUGUCCAAGGCAAUAUUACCAGCGACAUAGUUGUUUCGGAAGACUUAGAAAACUGGCGGACUAAGACAGCUAGGCGGAAGGAAGUUGUUGGACACUUGCGAACUUCGCUAAGUAAUCGCAAGAUCAAGGUACGGGCUUUUGAUAGCUGA